GCCCCACUAACUAUUGACUGUCGGAUUCCCUACCCGUCGGCGACAAUCCGCUGCCCCCAAUCUGCCUGGUAGGUCUCGCACCUCCGGUCAUGGCUGCCGAAGCUGGCCCAAUCUCCAAGGUCCUCAUCGUCAUAGCAAUGCAGAAGGAGGCGACGCCGCUCGUCCACAAGUUCAAUCUCGUCGAGGCGCCCGCCCACCAAUCCACUUUUCCUAAAGGUGCCCCAUGGGUUUGGUACCAUGGCAGCUACAAAGGCCUCCACAUUGACCUUGUAUUGCCUGGAAUGGAUGCUGUUCUUGGAGUCGACAGUGUUGGUACAGUACCAGUAGCUGUUGUGACUAGUUUCUCCAUUCAAACAUUGAAGCCAGACCUUAUCAUUAAUGCGGGCACUGCUGGUGGCUUCAAGGCCAAAGGAGCAAGCAUUACUGAUGUAUUCCUUGCAUCAGAUGUUGCAUUCCAUGACAGGAGGAUACCAAUACCUAUUUUUGACAUGUAUGGAACUGGAGCACGCAAAACUUUUGCAGCUCCUAAUAUCUUGAAGGAGCUCAAUUUGAAGGUUGGCAAGUUGUCGACUGGGGAUUCUCUGGAUAUGUGUCCCCAGGAUAAGGAGUUGAUACUGCGCAAUGAUGCUACAAUAAAGGACAUGGAGGGAGCUGCUGUAGCAUAUGUCGCUGACAUGUUCUCGACACCAGCGAUCUUUGUGAAAGCUGUGACUGAUAUCGUGGAUGGGGUGAAGCCAACGUAUGAGGAGUUUCUGCAGAACCUGAUUGCCGUGACGACGGCACUGGAGCUGGCAGUCACCAAAGUGGUGGAUUUCAUCAGCGGGAAACGCAUCUCCGAUCUUUGAAAGCUCGUGGUCACGAAAUCCAACAUCCCCCUGCUCUGAUGCACGAUGCUAGGCUAGGAUACAAUACAACGUUGGGUCAAUGAUUUUUUUUGGAGGUGUUCUAUACGUGAGGUUUUACCCCUUUUGCAAUGGCUCUUGAUCUAUUCCUGAAUACCGACCAGAGCAGUUGUCUCUUGCUAAACAGAAGGAAUGUAAAGUGAGCAAACAUGCCAUUGAUCGUUGCGACCAAACUAACAAUGUCUGUGCGCUGCUAAGGCACGCAUCGGCGACUAUUCUAGAGACGAUUC